CAUUGGGACGCAGUCGUGGUUGGUACCGAGUCAGUCGUACGUUUUGCAGCCGUAGCUAGCGGAAGUCCGGAGACCAUUACCAGUGAUAGCCGCGCAAUCGCCACAUCAAAAGUCCACCCUACAGUCAUACGAUACACUCGAAGAUGUGUAAGACGUCACCGAAGAUGCCUGAAGUAGACCAAAGUGUCAUACCUACAUUAUUCUACCCACAAUUGACGGUCAAAAUAAUCAUACCCAGCCGUCCGUCGGAUUCUGAGCACCCAAUUCACGACUUCAGUGAUGAUUUAGUUCCCGAAACUAUAGCCCACAUGAAAGUUAUAAACGGCACUUAUCACUAUCUCGUGAAGUGGAAGGAUGUCGAACAACUAUCAUACGUGCCAUCUUCCUAUGCAAACGAAAAUAUUCCACAAAUGGUUAUUACGUUCCAAGAGAAGCACUUGAGAGUGGUCGAUGUUUCUAGAUAAUGGCUGUAUAUUGUCAAGGAGACUUCACUACCUUCUGCUGUCUCCGAUCUAUAUAAAAAAUAAAAUAAAAAUGCACUGUCUAUAUCUAUAAUGUAUCAAUAUAAUAUAUUUUUAUUUUCAGACAUAAUAUUAUAACAAUUUUAAUAUACAAAUUAUAAUAAUGCUUAUUGGUAACAAUUAAAAAUAUUAUCUACUAAAUAUACACGUAUACAAUUAUUGUACAAGGACCUAUAGUAAAACCACGUAUUGUAAAUUGCAAUACUGAAUUUUUGUCUUUGAAUAAAUAUUUUGACUGUUGCAU